AGCGUCUAUGCACAUUAAUAAAAGUGAAGAAGUACUAGAAUAUACGUGUACACAAGUUUAGUCAAAUAACGAACGCAACAAAUUGGUGACUUCGACGAUAAUUUGUUCACCCCGACGCAUCAUUACACUUGCUGAAUUAAUAAAACUCUAACUUUAUCGGAUCUAUAUAUAUAUAUAUUUAUAUAAAUGUUAUAGACAUUUCGAACUCAUUCUUGUGCUCUCUCAUCGAACAACUUGCAGUGAUCUGCGCGGUAAGCAACUGCAUUGCAUGUUUUUCUGUUUGCCAUAUUCUUAGUGUGCAUAAUUUUUGCUAUAUUGUUACUCUUAGAUCAUUUUUCUACGAAUUGUAACAUGUCUUCCAAUACCUCUAAUAACUUAGAGCUGGGAUCUGUUAGUACUAUUUCUCUUACUGUACCAGUUUUUAAGCCCAGAAAUCCCCAUCUUUGGUUUGCACGACUAGAACAUUACUUCACUACCAAUAAGCUCACAUCACAGACGACUAAAUUCGGCAUUUUGAGUACAGUACUACCAGAUGAAGUCGCAGAACAGGUUCGACAACACAUAGUUCAAGCCAGCACAGACACUCCUUACGGCAAGUUGAAGGAAGAGGUACCUCGAUGCACUUCGCUUUCAGAUAGACAAGCACUCGAUCGUUUGUUAAGCAAUGUAGAGCUAGGUGGUAAAACCCCAUCGCAACCCAUGAGGCAUAUGCAAAGCCUAGUAGCAGGAAGAGAAAUCGAUAAACGUCUCUUUUACCAAAUCUGGCUGCGACGACUUCCUGCAAACAUUCAGCAAGUUCUUGCUUUCGGAGACAACGACAUCGAUAUAGAAAACCUCGCCAAAAUCGCGGAUCGCAUGUAUGAGAGGUCAACACCUCAAUCUGUUGCUUCCACUAGCAGAAUAUCAGACACUCACGACAGGAUACAGACUCUAGAACACAAAGUCGAUAACUUACUGAGUCAGUUAGCAGCACUGACCACACGCACACGACCAAGCCGUUCUAGAAGCUCGUCUCGUCGACGUCUUUCUCGAUCGCCUAGCACGUCACGACAUCACGAUACUAUUUGCUGGUACCACCGUAGUUACGGAAGUAAUGCACGACGGUGUCGUUCACCUUGCAACUUUCAGGCUAAACCAAAAGAUAUAUCGUCAUGUAUGAAAACUUCUACUGUCGGCAAUCUACGAUCUAGCAGUCGUUUGUUUUAUGUAACAGAUAGAAAUACCGGUACUACGUUCUUAGUCGACACAGGAGCAGAGGUUAGUGUUCUCCCUCCGACUACGCAGGAACGUCAACAUCCUGACCCUGCAGUUACGCUCCAAGCCGUUAAUAAGUCUAAUAUUGUUACAUAUGGUAGUAAACGAAUGACUUUAGAUUUUGGUCUGCAGAAUACCUACACUUGGUCUUUCAUCAUCGCAGACGUUCCAUCCCCAAUCCUUGGUAUAGAUUUUCUACAGCAACACAAACUGCUGGUUGAUCCCACAAGCCCUAAGCUUAUAGACUCGCUCAAUAAAAAGUACAUCGCUGGUACGAUUAGCCGUGCAUCAUCGCUGAACUUGAUGGUCACACGCACACCAGCAUCUCCAUAUACUGACUUAGUAAAUCAGUUCCCUGACCUUCUACAACCCUCAACCGAGCAACAGAACUAAAGCAUCAAGUGGUUCAUCACAUUAAAACCACUGGACCACCAGUUUUUGCACGUCCUCGACGCC